GUAAGUGGACGUUGAGUUAGAAUUUCGUUUCUCAUUUCUCAAUUGCCGUCCAACCAUUUUAAGACACCAAGCGUGGCGCACCUGCAUAUCUCCGCCCAUCACCUCCCCCAUCGAGAAGAAACCCCUCCCCUCCCUUAAUUAGGGUUUCUCUCUCUCUCUCUCUCCAAAUCACGCAUUUUCCUGAUACGGAUCAUCUUCAUUUGAUUACGCCCUAAUAAUGUCGACAAAAUCCACCCCAGGUUACAACACGCUUCCUUCCAACAGCCGCAAGCCCCCCCUCCCACCACCACCAUCACCGCCGUCAACCUUCAUCUCACGCGCCAAAACCCACACCCAAAGCCUAGUCUCCGCGCGCCGCCCCUGGAAAGAGCUCCUCGACCCAUCCUCCCUCUCCUUGCCCGACUCUUACGCCGACGCCAUGGCAAGGGUCCGUCGAAACCUCUACUACUUCCGCUUCAACUACUCGCUAAUAACUCUAAUCAUAGUCUUCCUCAGCCUCGUAUACCACCCAAUAUCGAUGAUCGUUUUCCUGGUUGUGUUUAUUGCUUGGUUCUUCCUGUACUUCUUUCGGGACGACCCGAUCGCGUUGUUCGGUCGAGUGAUAGACGAUCGGGUCGUGCUCGGCGUUCUGGGCGUCGUUACGGUUGUGGCGUUGGGUUUGGCUAGAGUGGGGCUGAACGUGUUGGUGGCGCUUGUGAUUGGGGUUGUGGUUGUUGGGUUGCAUUCUGUGUUUAGGGUUACGGGGGACUUGUUUUUGGAUGAGGAAGAGGUGGCUGAUGGAGGGAUGUUAUCGGAUUUCGGUGGUGUAGGUGAUCGGCCGCUGCGGCCGACCUAUACUCGUCGUUGAACUUCAGCCCGUUGGGAUUGAGAGAUUUGAUGAGAAGAGGGAAUGAAGGAUUAGGGUUUUUUUAAGCCAAAUCACUCAUUUGGAUUGAGUAAUUGGUGAGAAAUGGAAAGAGAAGUACAAAAAGUGUAUUUUUUGAUUGGCUGGCUCAUUUUUCCCUCUAUGGUGAGAUUUGAUGAGAAAGAGGUCUUCUUUCAUAUCACACCAUUUCUCACAAUGCAAAGGGGAUGUUAGGUUUCCAAAAUGCCACCAGAACAACAUGAAGAAUUUCGUAUCGCGGUUAUGGAUCAGCUGGCAAUUGUGGUCUUUCACAAUUCUUAUUUGGGUAAUUUGAUUGCUCUGAUGGUUCAUGUGAGUUUGGCUACUAAUGCUUUGAUUAAGGUGGCUACAUGUUUGUAUUUUGACCUUUCUCUCUUUUGUUAGGUUUUAACUUGGGUGGUAGUGAUGACGAAUUUGUAUUGUUGGCAUUAUGAUGGCACAAUGCUGAUUUUCAAAAUUUGAUUUUGGGUUUUUUGCACUGUUUGAAAAAUUGGUUUGUUGUAGUCUCAGAAGUUUGUUUAUUGUUGAUAUGGGUUACUGGAAAGUUUGUUUAUUGUUGAUAUGAGUUACUGAAACUGCUAUAAUGCCUUGCCGAAUAGCUUGAAUGUUUCAGAGAUUAAUUAA